AUAGAUGACGCCACUUACCCAGUCGUGAAGCGUUUUGUUCUUUUUAACUGGGGACGCACGGUAAACAGCUGGGUUGCCGCACGGAGAGACCGUGCCGUGAGGAUAGGUGGUGGCGACGAAUUUUAAUUUUUUAUAAAAUACAUACCCGUUUUGGCCCCAAUGUAUACUGUCUCGAAAGCACCUCACCACGUCUUCUCCAAGUCACGAAUAAUAGGGGCUCCGCCGAAAUUGGCCAAUACAGAAACGGCCGCCAACCACCGCAAAGCGACCACGACGAACGGAUUUUACCACAACGGGGAUGCUGAGGAAAUCAGGGGACCACGACCAGUUUUCUAUCAGACGAACAGCCGGCGGCUUCACUCGCCGUCGUCUCAUCGGCAACAGGAGCCCGUAACGCCGCAGCACGAAGAGCUAGCCCAGUAUCUCGGUGACUCGUGGAACAUGGUUCGCCGAGAGUACGAGCACGCGACCCAGCAAGCACAAAACUCCGCUCCGCAGGUCGUCUACAAGAAAGUGCAGCCAUCUCGAACACCUGACUUCGAGCCGUGCAACUUCGAGAGGAUCUGGGCGGAACACCACUACUGGAGCAUCGUGCAGUCCGCCUGAUUGGCGCUCACCACCCCGCUGCUGUUCUCCGCUGCUGCUGCCGCUGCCCUACGGCUCCACUGUCCCAGUCUUACUUUUUGUUUAUUUCGGGGACGCACCACGUGACCAGCGUCCCGUCGCCGCACAUCGAGCAGCUGCAGCCGCAUCAUGUCACGCGCCUCACGCGCACUUUUUUUUUCUGCGAGUCAUGGUCGUACACCAGUCUCGCGCGAGCGUCCGUGGCAGCUCUGUAAUAUACAUUAGGUAUAAAUAAAUUGUUACAGCGGAAUUUCUAGGAACAA